UGGCGGCUAACUAGACGAGCCGUGACCCACGUGAACGACGUCCACCAAUGGGAUCGUUCACUUUGUGCCCGCCGCCAACUAGAAUAGAGCAAGUCGAGCACGGAAAGGCGCCUCUUUGAGCAGCCCUAAAUCCGCCCCCCGCUAGUUUUCGUUCUGGGUUUUUCGCUGAAAAGCCAGCGGCAUAAUCGCACAACGAAACAGCGUUUUAACCGUGUGAUUCACUUGAGCCGUGUAGCCGCAACGGAAGCGGGAAUGUUGUCGUGUUAAAAGUCGCCAUUUUGGUUUGCAGCGGAGCAGCGCGGUUUUCCGUUUCGAUUUUACUCAAUUUUCCGCGCGCUUUGCCCCAUAUUCCGGUCCAAAGCUCCCACCUGCUGUCCAGGAUGACACAGCAGCCCUCCGCCGGCAACUGGAUGAUCCAGGGAGCCAAUGGUCAGAUGGUGAAACUGGUAGAAUCGUCAGGGAAGGCCAUAACAGGUAUUAUGGCCUCAUCGAUCAGCGGCACUCCAGUGAAAAUAAUCAAAUCAUCGACUGUGGCAGGCGAAAAUUCGCGGAUCUACACGGCAUCGGUGCCCCAACAACAACCCCAACAAAUCAUUCGAGGGCUGCCGACAGGCGGCAACCUUGUAACUAAACAAGUGCCGAUCCAGAUGAAUCAGCUGCCGAAGGGCACCAAAACCAUCCGAUUGACUCCCGCUCAGAUGCAAAACUUCAAGCUGACGCCUCACCCCCAGCAACGCUUGGUUUCCCUUCAGCAAACGCCUGCACCACCAGACAUCAUCCAGCAUUCCACCAACCAGCACUACCAGCAACCGGCUCCAGUUAAAAACAUGUCGCCGCCCAUUUUAUCCAGAAAACGCGCCGAUUCGGGAGAGCAAGUCGAGUUUGCCACGGAAACUAAACGGCUGCGAAAGUCCGAAAAACUGAGCCGUGGGCUGCGACACUUUUCAAUGAAAGUCUGCGAAAAGGUGAAGGAAAAAGUGACGACAACUUACAACGAAGUAGCCGAUGAUCUGGUGCGUGAGUUCACCGCCCAGCAAAACUCGAUCAACAGCCCGUUAGCUGAUCAGUACGACCAGAAGAACAUCCGAAGACGCGUCUACGAUGCCCUGAACGUGCUGAUGGCCAUGAACAUCAUCUCCAAGGAGAAAAAGGAGAUCAGAUGGAUCGGGUUGCCGACCAACUCAUUGCAAGAGUAUCAGCAGCUGGAGAAUGAGGUGCGCACCAAGUCGUUGAGCAUUCGGGAGAAGGAGAAGCAGUUCUAUGAGCUGAUCAUGAGCCAGAUCGCCUUCAAGAGUCUGGCGCAGCGCAACAAGGAGGCUGAAAAGUCGCAUGGGAAGCCGGGCGCCAACUCCAGUAUUCAGCUGCCGUUCAUCAUCGUCAAUACGAACAAAAAGACUGUUAUUAACUGUAGCAUCUCCAAUGAUAAAAUGGAAUACGUGUUCCAGUUCAACGACAAAUUUGAAAUCAAUGACGAUUUGGAAAUUUUGAAGCAAAUCGGGAUGUUGCACGGCCUGGACACCGGCAACUGUUCGCGAGAGGAUCUGGACCGUAUCAAGACGCUCAUUCCCGAAUCGUUGUGGCCCUAUGUGGAAAGGUUGGCCAGCGGUUCGAAAAACCCCCUAGAUGACCUGCUGGGAUCAGGGUGCGCCAGCACUUCGUCCAUGGGACCAACGUCGGACUUUGUCGAGGCCACUCUAGACGAAGAAAAUUCUCGUCAAUCGACCACGAGCGGCAACGACCCGAUGUCGCCCCUCGCUUUGGAAUACUCGGAUGAAGACGUCGAUUCCGAUCUGUCCAGCGAGGAUCUCAACUAGAAUUGGGACUCAGAAGGGCAACAGCUUGUACAUAUUAAUGGCAAUGUAAAUAGACUUUCUAGACGCAUCAACUGCAGCAGUUCGCUUAUUUCGCAGCCUGCACAUGUGGAACAUGAUUUUUCGUUUUCUUGCACAAACAAAUAUGAGUGUUUGAGCCGGUUUUCGAUACUUUACGAGUAAACGGCUGCGUUUUGGCGGCACCAACUUUCUACUGGAUUAUUUUUGAAGUGCAAUUUCGUUAUACGAACGAAGUGUCCAUAUACAUGUAAUACUGACUAGGCAGAAUCUAAUGUACAAAUAUAGAGCGACCAAAGAGAUUUGGAAUCAAUUAGGGGCGCCAUUUUAUUGUUAAUGGUUGAACAAAAAUGCACUUUCGAACUGUGAUUGUGAUUUAAAAGAAAUAAUGUUUUGGUAACAUAGGAACAGACAGGAUUUGCGUUAAAAUACCUUACAACAUAAGAGCCUUUUCGGUAAUAAAUUUGCAGUUAAAAUGGA